AUGAGCACCGAAGAUUUCCUCCUGAUUCUGAUGCCGUGGACACCGGACCCAGCUUGGGUUGCCAGUCUCGGAAUGCCGGUUGAGUCCCGCAAGCUCGGUAUGUACCAAACAGAACUACCAAGCGACAUCAGCCCGGAGACAUGGGAAAAGGUGACUGUCCUUUUUACGUGGAAAUUAUUUCCGACCAAAGAAAUGGUACCGAAUUUGAAGUACUGCCAGCUUCUCAGCGCUGGGUGCAACCAGAUCCUGGGACUGCCGCUCUUUGAAGAGACAACCAUCGACUUUUGCACGUCCAGUGGAACGCACCCACCUCAGAUUGCGGAAUGGGUUUUCUCGACUUUCCUGGCUUUUCAACAUCACAUUCCCGAAUACCUUGACAACCAGAAAGAGUCCAAAUGGAUCGACCCUCCAUCAGAUGAAGACACCGAGGAUUCAGUGGGAAUUCUCGGCUACGGCUGCGUCGGUCGCCAAGUCGCCCAUGUAGCCAAAGCUUUCGGGAUGAGCGUCCACGCUUACACACUGCAUCCACGCCUCACACCCGAGUCCCGUAAAGACGACUCUUUCACGGAGCCAGGUCUAGGAGACCCCAACGGCGAGUAUCCAUCGAAGUGGUUCUACGGCAAAGAUCAGCUAGACGACUUUCUCGCCUCAGAUCUUGAUCUGUUGGUCAUCACGCUUCCACUCACGGACCAGACCAAGGGGAUGAUCUCUCACAAGCAGUUCCAACUGUUGAGCAAGAAGAAGACUUACGUUUCUAAUGCCGGAAGAGGCGCCGUGAUCAACACCGACGAUCUUGUUGAUGCACUUGAUGAGGGCCUCAUCAGAAGCGCAGCGCUGGAUGUCACUGAUCCAGAGCCGCUUCCUGCUGAGCAUAAGUUGUGGAAGUACAAGAAUGUCAUCAUCACACCCCACUGUGCUGGAAACUCCAAUCAUUACUAUGAGAGAGUGCGGAAAAUACUUGUGUAUAACCUGGAGAGACGCGCCAGAGGCCAGAAGCUUGUGAACAUUGUGAGCCGGUCAGAGAGAUACUAA